CAAUAGGCGCGGGCGUUGCUGGCAGGCGGCGCGGCCCGGCCCGGGGAUGUUCCCGCUGCAGGCGCUGCGCUGGAAGGCGCGUUUUGCCGUCCUGUACGCCGUGGGCAGCUGGAGCCUGCUGGGCUGCGUCCUCUACUACAAGUGGAGCCACCGCGGGGAGCGGCUGCCGCCCGAUGAAGAAAGAACACUUCCAAGGGAAAUACCAGCAGAUGCCUUUUUCACAUCAACAAUAACGUAUAAACAGAAUGCUGCACAUCCUAUAAGUGACCUGUAUGAUACCGUGAAAUCAUUCUUUGCAACCAGUGAUGGCCCUGGUCCAGAAGAGUAACUGAUCCUGAAAAUUAGGAAUUUGAUACGUAUGCAAGAGAAAUGGCUUGCAUCAAGAUAGCUUGCUUGGACAUGAAAAGUCUUUUGAUGAAGAGCAGGUUUUAUUUAUUUCAAUUAAAAAAAAAAUACACCACAAACACACACACACUUUCUCCUGCCCACAAAAAACAACAAACUCCAGAAUGAUUUGCAAAGCCUAGUAAACCUUUUCAACUCUGUUAAAGACAGAGUUUUUUCCCAAAAACUUUUACAGGGCUGAAAUAGUAAACAAGUUACAAAUUAUUAAACUUCCUGUAAUUAAA